AUCAUGGAAGAAGGAGAACUGCCUUGGCUUUUGGUAAAUGAAAUAGGUGGCAUACGUGGGAUACUGCAUAGCCAUGUGCCAUUCCUGAAGAAGCAUUUCCACCUCAUCACCAUGAAGGAAUUUCUUGAAAACAGAAAGGAUAUUGGUAAAAAGGUUCAAGCAAUUUAUUUGUGGUGGCACAAACCAGUCAUCAACAAAGAGCUCCUCCAGAGCCUGCCAAACUUGAAAGUGAUUGCAAAUUCCGGAGUGGGGAUGGAUCACCUGGAUCUGAAGCUUGUAGCUAGCUUUGGUGUGAAGAUGGCUAAUGCUCCACGUGCUGUCUCCAGCACCACAGCAGAUACUGGGAUGGCUUUGCUGCUAGCAUCUGCUAGAAGACUAGUGGAAGUCCAUAACAUUUCAGUUUCUCCAAGUGUGGAGAAGUACUGUGAAGCUGAUAUUCUGGGAGUUAAAGUUACUGGAGCUACGCUGGGGAUCAUUGGCAUGGGCAGCAUUGGGUAUAAGAUUGCUCUGAGAGCCAAAGCAUUUGAAAUGAACAUUUUGUACCACAACAGGACACGGAGGAAAGUGCAAGAGGAGCAAGAUGUUGGUGCCACUUACUGCAAAAAGAUAGACAGCUUGCUCCAGCAGGCAGAUUUUGUGAUGCUGGUGGUGAGCCUGACACCUCAGACACACAAGCUGAUCGGGAAAAGAGAGCUGGAGCUGAUGAAACCCACAGCUACCCUCAUUAACAUCAGCCGAGGUGCAGUAGUUGACCAAGAGGCGCUGCUGGUGGCUCUGCAGACCGGUGUUAUCGGGGCUGCAGCUUUGGAUGUCACCUCCCCAGAGCCACUGCCCAGAGAUCAUCCAUUGUUAAAAUUAAAGAACGUCAUUAUAACACCUCACCUCGGCAUUAAAACAAACAAGGCCACCUACAUGAUAACAGAGGAAGCAGUGGAAAACAUACUAGCAGCCCUGAAUGGUCUCCCCCUACCCAGUGAAGUGCUGCCUAGCUGAUGUGUGAAAGGACAUCACACCUAUUUUUAUUCUUCUCUUUAUCUUUUUAUUCUUGUCUUUCCCCUCCACAUUAGCUCUAAAGAUCUUUUUAAAUACAAGAAUGUCCAUACACCUCACUAAAGCUUGCAAGGAAAGAGUUUGCCAUCCUCUCAUUUGUGUUUAUAUCCUUUCUGUUGUCUAACUCAAGUCCAAAAGACAAAUAAACCAACUCAUAAAGUGGCAGUGCUAUGCCUUUUGUUAUGUA